AAGGGACAAAAAUAGUGUAGUUCGCCUUCCAGUGCGUGGCGGCCCAACGUUUCCUAGUGUCUGCUCUCGCGAGAGGUGGAAAGGGCGCAGCGUUUGAAACAUGGCGGACGACGUAGAUCAGCAACAGACCACCAAUACCGUAGAGGAGCCCCUGGAUCUUAUAAGACUCAGCUUGGAUGAGCGAAUUUAUGUGAAAAUGAGAAAUGACCGAGAGCUUCGAGGCAGAUUACAUGCUUACGAUCAACAUUUAAAUAUGAUUCUGGGAGAUGUAGAAGAAACUGUGACGACGAUAGAGAUUGAUGAGGAGACGUAUGAAGAGAUAUAUAAAUCCACAAAACGGAAUAUCCCCAUGCUCUUCGUCCGGGGAGAUGGUGUUGUUCUAGUCGCCCCUCCAUUGAGAGUUGGCUGAGACAAAAAUGGAGCCUGCGUAGGGAAGUGGAGACUUUGCCUCUUGAGAUGUACAGGACACUCCCAGAGAGAGAAGCUCACACGCAUCUGAUAGUCAGAAAUGACCCGAGGAUCCCUCUACCCUCAAAGAAGUUCAUUUGCAAGUAACUCACAAGCUCUCCAGCUAAAUGGCCUGCCCCUUUCUCCAGCCCUCCAGUCAGUGUGACCGCCUUGCUCUUCAGGAGUUGGUUUGCCCAUUGUUCUUGCAGUUACUUUCAGGAUGUUUUUCUUUAAAUUAAAUUUGAUGUUUCCUUUUUUAGUA